UCCCUGCUGCUGCUGCGCCGCGACUACCGCUUCCAGCGCGUCCGCUUCUGGGGCCGCCUGCAGGGCCUGCGCGGCGCAUACUACAUUGCCGACGGCCGCGCCACCGACCUGGCCGCGCCGCCACAGCGCCUCUACAGCUUGAACUGCGUGGAGUGGAGCCUCCUGCCCCCAGCUACUGAGGAAAUGAUUGCCCAGACUGCAGGGCUUAGGGGCCGUUUCCAGGGGGAUCCUUCUUAUGAGUACGAGUCCCCUGAGAGGAAGGAAGACAGUGACAGGAUAUAUGAAGAUGACAGCGGGCUCUUUAUUAAGGAGGAGACCCGACUUGUAGCUACAAUAGAACAAAUAGAUAGGGCAGUGGGUAUCAUCCCACGGGGUGCAUUUGUGAAGACACCGCUUGGACCUGUCCAUGAAAACAGGAACUUUGAAGGUCUUUCCAUGACGGAGGCAAAGAAAUUAAACUCCUAUUUCCACUUCACGGAGCCUGUUAACCUGAAGAACAAAACACUCCUGGAAAAGGCUGACCUGGACCCAUCCAUUGACUUCCUGGAUUCUCUGGAGCAUGAUAUACCCAAAGGAUCCUGGAGCAUCCAGCUAGAGAGGGGAGGCACCGUGGUCAUCCUGAGGAGCCUGCUAUGGCUAGGAUUAACCUUCUACCACAUCCCCAUGACUAAACAAUAUGGCUAUGUCUACUUCGGCACUGGUGAGAAGAAUAUGGACCUGCCCUUCAUGCUGUGAGUCUUGUGCCUGUACCGAGGAGAGAAUGUUUCCAUUUAUAUUUUAUACUUGGGGAAUUUGUAUUUAGAAUUUAUUCUAAUAAAUACAUAUGUGAAAGCUCUGUA